AGGGUGAGGCUUGCCCUGGCUCUAACUCCUCCUGUCCCCUGGUGCUGCAGGUUGGUGGCUUUGCCUGGGAGAACUGUGGUGACAAGACGGACCCUGUGGUGGUGCAGAGCCUCUCCGUGGCACCCGACCCCAUCAGCAUCCCAGGGAGGCUGCGUGUCAGUGCGGCCGUCAACAACGGAAAGACCAUGGCUUCCCCUCUGAAGGCAGUGCUGACGGUAGAGAAGGCGCUGGGUGAGCUUUGGAUCCAGCUGCCCUGCAUUGACCAGCUGGGAAGCUGCACCUACAACGAUGUCUGCAGCAUGCUUGAUGACCUCAUCCCACCUGGCACAACCUGCCCAGAGCCCCUGCUCACCUACGGCAUCCCCUGCCACUGCCCCUUCAAAGCGGGCUCCUACUCCCUGCCAGCCAGUGACUUUGACGUGCCUGACGUGGAACUGCCUUCCUGGAUGACCAACGGCAACUACCGUGUCCGUGCGGUCAUCAGCAACGGUGGGGAGGAGCUCGCCUGUGUCAAACUGGCCUUCUCCCUGCAGUCCCAUUGAGGGGUUGGGCACUGUCCCUCCUCUCCCCCCUGCCAUGGUCCCCUGUCCCAUCCCAUGCAGUUGCACCCUGUCCUAUCCCAACCCAUCCCUGUGAGGUCCAUCUCUCCUGCUGUCAGGAGGAAGCAGCCUCUGUGCCCCUGCUUGGUGCCACCUUCCCUGCUACACCCAGAAAGGUCCCUCUGGUUCUCCUGCUGUCCCCAAACCCAUCACCAGUGUUUCACCUGCCUGGACAGGGUGGCCUUGUAGCCUAACCUCAGUGUGACCUGGGGGGUAGAUAUUUUUUACCCAGUUUCUUUUUUUUGGUAAUCUUAUCAGGGCAAUUGUAGACAAAAACAUUCCAGGGAAAAGCAGUAUUUCUUGGAGCAGUCCAUGGGGAGGAAGGAUUUUUUGGGAGUGCUGUGGCAGGCUGAGGGAUGCAGGACUAGCUGUGGAGGGUGUCCCUGCUUGCCCCCAUCACCUCUGGCCAGAGCACAGGGCUUUGUUGCAGAGGUGUUCCCAAAGUGGCUGCAGAAGACCUAUCCCCACGCAGCACCUCCGGGUCUGCCUUUGGUGCAUCCUUGUCCUGCACGGGAGACCAGCUUGGUGGCAAGAAGCACCUGGGAAGGCACCUCCCUGUGCCCUCGUGCAGAAAACAUCAGGAACACAAGAGGACUGAAACCACCGGAGCCCCACAUGGACAUUCCCACCUGCGAGGGACCAAGCGGCUGGUGAUGCUCCCAGCAGCAGGAGAGGUGGCUGGCUGAUGGCAGCACUCGCUCCACAGGGGGACACACACAGCUGUGAUGGGCUGCUGGGGCACAGCCUGGCCCAGGACCAGUCCCACUUAUCUCAUUUUUCCACUGGGAUUGAGCCAAGGCAGGAGGACACUGCAGUGGGACCAUCCUUCCCAUGCACUGAGAGCGGCACCGCAACACGGAGCAGCAUCCUGAAUGUGGGAUAACUGGGAGAUGACCAUGAAGACCA